AUGGCCGGCCGCGCCUGGCACCCUCCCUUCCGCCGUGUGUUCUUCCUCAUCGGCCUGCUGGCCUCACUCAUCCCGGCCACGUCGCGGGCGCAGCCACCGGAGACGGUCACGGUGGGGCUCAUCAUCGACGCCGACUCGCCGGUCGGCAGGAUCGCCAGCACCACCGUCCCGAUGGCGCUCGAUGACUUCUACGCCGCCUUCCCCAACGCCUCCGCACGGGUCCGCCUUCUGCAGCACGACUCCGGCGGGGACGUCGUCGCCGCCGCGUCCGCCGCGCUGCAGCUGAUGACGGCCCAGGGCGCGCGAGCCAUCCUGGGGCCGCAGUCCUCCGUCGAGUCCGCCUUCGUCGCGGACCUCGCCACGCGCGCCGAGGUCCCCGUCGUGUCCUUCUCGGCGACCAGCCCCUCGGUGUCCCACUCCGAGGCGCGCUUCUUCGUGCGCGCCGCGCUCAGCGACGCCGGGCAGGCCGAGGCCAUCGCCGCGCUCGCCACCUACUUCGGCUGGCGCCGCGUCGUGCCCAUCUACCAGGACGACGACUACGGCGCCGCCUUCGUGCCGUUCCUCGUGGACGCGCUCACGGCGGCGCGCGCGGAGGUCCCCUACCGCUGCGAGCUGCCCGCCGGAGCGACCAGGGACGCCGUCGCCGCCGCGAUGUACCGCCUCGAGUCCGAGCAGACGCGCGCCUUCGUGGUGCACGCGCGCCCGGCGCUCGCGGAGCUCGUCUUCGCCGCCGCCGUGGAGGCCGGGAUGAUGGCGGAGGGCUACGCGUGGGUCAUCACCGACGGGCUCACGGGCCUCCUCGGCUCCAUCCACCCGCCGCAGGGCGUCAUCGGGCUCGCGCCCCACGUGCCGCCCACCGCGCGCCUGCACGACGUCCGGAAGCGGUGGGCGCACAGGUUCAUGCGCCAACACCGGGACGCCGAUCUGGCUGAAGCCGAGAUGGGAUGCUACGCGCUGUGGGCAUACGACGCCGCAUGGGCCAUCGCCUCCGCGGCCGAGCGACUUAGCCCCGGUGACCUGUCAUCGCGACCGGGGCUUGUCGGCGGCAGGAGAGGCUCCACCGACUUCUCCGGGCUCGGGAAGUCAAUGUCCGGUGAGAAAUUCCUCGCGGCAAUCACAAAAACUACAUUCGAGGGCCUCGGCGGCAGGUUCGAGCUCAUCAACGGCGAGUUGGCAGUGCCGGCGUUCCGGAUCGUCAACAUCAUGGACAACGCCAAGGAGCGGGCCAUCGGGUUCUGGACGCAGAGGGACGGACUGCAUAGGCAGCUUGGGCGCGGCCGCGGCGGGAUCGCGUCGAACAGCGGGCUCGCGCCGGUGAUCUGGCCGGCGGACUCGACCGUCGUGCCCAUUGGUUGGGUCCAGCCGACGAGCGGCCGGAAGCUGCAGGUGGCGAUGCCGGGGCCCGUCGACCCUGGCUACCGCCCGAUCAUGCACCUCGACGUCGACCCAGCAACGAACCGGACGGUAGCCGGCGGGUUCGUGAUCGAGGUGUUCGAGGCGGCGGUGCGUCUGCUGCCCUACGCGCUGCCGUUCGAGUACGUGCUAGUGGGCUCCAUGCGCUACGACACUCUAGUCGAGAGGGUCGGCAAAGGGGAGUUCGACGCGGCGGUGGCGGACAUCACCAUCACGGCGGACCGGUCGAAGCUCGUGGACUUCACGCUUCCGUACAUGUCGUCGGGGAUCUCCAUGGUGGUGCCGAUGCGCGACCAGCGUAGCAAGCGCGCCGCCUUGGUCUUCCUCAAGCCGCUCCGCUGGGACCUCUGGCUCGUCAGCUUCGCCUUCUUCAUCUUCACCGGCUUCGUCGUCUGGGCCGUGGAGCACCGCAGCAACGAGGAGUUCCGUGGCCCCCCGUCCUACCAGAUCGGCACCCUCCUCUACUUCGGCUUUUCGACCCUCGUCUUUGCACAUAGGGAGAACCUGAAGAGCAACCUGUCGAGGUUGGUGGUGGUGGUGUGGUCGUUCGUGGUGCUCAUCCUGCAGUCCAGCUACACGGCGAGCCUGACGUCCAUGCUGACGGUGCCGCAGCUUGAGCCGGCGAUCGGGGACUUCGCCUCGCUGUGGCGGGGAACGGACAAGGUCGGUAUCUUGAACAACUCCUUCAUGAGGGCGGCCAUGAACAAGUCGGGCUUCCCUCAGUCCAGGCUCGAGCCGUACCAGGCCACACAGGGCUUCCACGAGGCGCUGCUCAACGGCACCAUCGGCGCCAUCGUCGACGAGACGCCCUACCUCAGGCUCUUCCUCAAGUCCUACUGCGACAACUUCACCAGGAUCGCCCAGAGCAACAAGACCGGCGGCUUCGGCUUCGUAAGCGCCCCCUGCCUGCUGCCACUAGACAUCGUCAUCACUUGGUAUGUACAUGCUGUGCAGCAUUUGGAUCGGCAACUAAUGACUCGUGUCGUGCAUGGACGAUCGAUCGAGCAGGCGUUCCCCAAGGGGUCGCCGUACGUGGCGGACCUGUCGCGGGCGAUCUUGAACCUCACGGAGAGCGACGAGAUGAGCUCGAUCGAGCGCAAGUGGUUCGGCGACGCGGACGGCUGCGCGGCGCAGGGCAGCCAGUUCACGUCGGAGAGGCUCAGCUUCGACAGCUUCUGGGGCCUGUUCCUCAUCACCGGCGCCACCUCCCUCCUCUGCUGCGCGCUGCACCUGCUCAUCUUCGUCGUGGCCAACCGCCGGCGGAUCUGGGCGUCGCGCGUGCCCUGGAGGAACAGGCUCCGGAUCUUCCUCAAGCUCCUCGACGACAGGGACCUCUCGUCGCACACGUUCAGGACCAACAAGGAUGGCGGCGGGUCGGUGGCUGAUCGGAGCGCUAACGACGCGGGCGCCUCCCCGCCCCCGGCCGUCGCGCACAUUGCAGCCGGCAGCCCGCUCAGCGUGUCCAACCACACGUACGACAUGAGUGACUGGUCGUCAGGUGCGCCGAGCCCGGCGCCUGCAGCUGCAGGUGAGAUCGAGCUGGCUGGCGCCGGCGAGGCAGAGGAGGUGGCCGCAGCUCCCAACCCUGGCGGCUCCGGUGAUCAAAGUGCCACAGUCCAUCAGGCCAGUAACUGA